CCGACGUGACCCGCGCCUGCCGGAAGAAGCUGCUGGGGAUUGUGUUUCAGCCGCUGUCUGGUUCCCCGUGGUGCUGACUUUAUUUUAAUGCCCCGCACUCGUAAUUCCUGGGCGGAUGGGCUUGUCCUAUGGACCCGGGCUUGCUCUUCUUUGUAGCCCAGUGUCUUGUUGGUGACCGACGGGUAUGUGCCAUGGGGAACUGCUGGGCUCGGUGUAUGAGGUUGUUCAGGAAGGAGGCCAACAGGAUACAGCGUGGUGGAGGAUCAAAGUAUUUUAGAACAACUUCUCUUGGAGAGCACUUUACUAUAGAGUUUGAGAACUUGGUGGAGAGUGAUGAGACUGAAAGUCCAGGAUCCAACCAGAGACCAGUUAGUGAAGAUGAAGUUCAGAUCCUUCACGAUAGGCAGUAUGAUGCACUUACUCAGAAGCAAGCGGCAGUGGACAAACAGAUCCAGUCUGAGUUAGCUGCACAAGAGGAACAGUUAAGGAUAGAAGAAGAAGCAUUUUAUGCUGCACAGCGUGAAGCAGCCAGGGCAGCAAAGCAGAAAAAGCUGUUGGAGCAACAAAGGCUACAAAAGACGAAGCAACCGACCAAGUCUGCUGCAAGCCCUGAUCAGCAAAAUGGUGAAACAGGAGAAGAACUUGACACUUAUCUGCAGCAUGCAAAAUCUCAGUCUGAAGCUUUCCGGAACCAACACAGAGUCUUUGCAGAGCCUGCUCUUCUAACACCAAACACUGAAAGCAGCUGUGACCUAACAACAAAAACCAAAUCUACAAAUGAUGACAGUACAUCACUAGACCUCGAGUGGGAGGAUGAAGAAGGAAUUAACAGAAUGAUUCCAAUGAGAGAACGUUCUCGAACAGAGGAAGAUAUUCUCCAAGCGGCCAUGAGGCAGAGCACUCAUAGACCUGGAAGCAAUCCCUUGUCUGCAUCAGAUGAUUCAACUGGACUAGAAUGGGAGAAUGAUUUUGUCAGUGCUGAGAUGGAUGAUAAUGGGAAUUCUGAAUAUGCUGGUUUUGUAAACCCAGUUCUAGAACUGUCUCCUAGUGAUGUGAAAACUACAGAUGCUAAUCAGCAAGGUAGAUAGUGUCCUUGCCAGGUAACGUGGAUUGGUUUAAGCCAAAAUUUUAAGACACUAUAUAAAUGUUUUUCGAUUUUCAUGGGACUUUGUUUUUUGUUGACUAGUGCUCUGACUUGACAUAGUGCAAAGCAACACAGCUGCUUUGUAUUGUGCUCGCACAUACAAUUUAUAAUCAAGUGCAAUUCUUGUAGACUUUCAUUUUAUGAAUGAAAAUUUUAAGCCAUUACCUUUGGUGUUGAUUAAAGUGUGUGGUAAAAGGGAAAUGUGACAAGGUUUACUUGAUGAAACUUUCUAGCUACAUGAUGCAUGUGGGUAGGUAUUCAUUGCUAGGAGUCAUUGUUGCUGUAGUUUUACAAGGAAUAGCAGUGAGUAUACACACUGGAUUAAACUUAUUAUUUAGCAACUACUUUUAGUUUACAAAAAUAAGCCUUCUCUUAUGUUCUAUCAUUCUUUAUGUUGGAAAUUAUUCGUGGUUAAAUGUUCACAGAUAUUUCUCCAAACUAUCAAAAAGUAAAAUACAUUAGUUGUUAGAAAUCUGAAACAAUAAAAUAAUCAGCAAUUCAGACAUCUCUGUGGUGAAAGAAACAGAUCUAGCAAUCCAACAUGGUGGCCUGAAGAAUACUACUGAAAUGUCACCAACCUGAAGUUCUAGCUUUGUUCCUCCUUCUCCAUAGAUGCUGCUUGAUCUGUUGAAUAUUUCCAGUAUUAUUUCUCCAAUAUGCUUUAUACCUUUUCUUCAAUGAAGAUCAUUCUGAUAUUCUAAAUUAUAGAUAUUUCAUUUUGUUAAAUCCAUUGAUUUCUUUCCAUCUUUUGACACUUUUUAAUCUAAUAAAGUAAAUAAGGUAGUAGGAAGUUUAUGUUAUUAUGUGACAGGUACCAGGAGACAUUUAGCUAAAAUAGUUUUACUUUAAAACAUAACUACUAAUAACUUCAUCCAUGUUUUACAGAAUUCACAAGAAUUAUGAAUUUCUAGUACAGAAUCAGUAGGGUAACUAUUCAGCCUUGGCCUUGUGCAACUAACACACAAUAUUAUAACUUAUCUUGUAUUCAGUUUCUGAACUUUAAGUAUUGUAAUUAAAUGUAUUAUGCCUAGAAAGUUACCAGGGAUAAUGGUUUAAUGGGUUAACAUAUUGUGCUGUUGUCCUUAAACAUGGAUUCAAAGAUGACUCUGAUUUUCCACUUCUUUGUGCUGGCUGCAGGAGUCCUGUGGAAAUUCAAUUAUAUAAUAUUAACUUAUGCCCUUUUCUAGUAGGAAGCACAACAGACAACUGUCCUUAAUAUAAAAUAACAUUCUCACUUAGAGAAGCCAUUAGUAUAUCUUGCUUAAAAAAUGGAUUAGAAAUCGUGCCAGUGUACCAUAGAGAACAGUUGUGGAAUUAAAAAGGUGGCACCUAGUUUAACACAAAGCCUUUCAUCUUUCAUCUGCAAAAUCUGGCCUGGAGUACUUGAGAAUAUUAUUCUAUUCCUUAUCUCUGGCAUGUUACAAUGCGCACAAGCUAUUUCUCAAACAAAAUUUGUUUUUCAGUUUGUUUAUUGAGAAGUUAAAUAUAAAAUAGCGAGUUUUGUAAGGAAGUUGUAUUCUAAAAAUGUUUUGUUCAUCAACUGUAAGUCAAAGUCUUUUAUGUAGUCCUCCAAAACAUUUAUAACUUUUUAGGCAUGUUGGUGGUCCUUUUAUCUUGACUGUCUUCUGGAAUGUACGCAGCUGCCCUGUAAAGGUAUCCGUGUUUAACCUCACAUAUAUUCUCCAUUCCCCAAAGUGUGAUGGAAGAAAAUCACAGUGGGUAUGAAAUAAAUGAAUGUAAAACCAAUUCUUUAAUGCAGCAGAACACUGGAAGCUACAGCUCGGGAAACCCAUGAGAAGAAACUUCAAUAACUGCUUAGGGAAGUAGUGAAAGAUGUGUACAGGACAGGAACAGAAGGAUGGAUGUGAUGUAGCAGACUAUGAGGAAAAUUGGUUUGGAUCCAAAUACCAGCAUGAUGUUGUUGGGAUGUUGCAGCUACUUGCUGUAAAUUCUGUUACGUGAAUCUGAAUGCAGUUUGUUCAUUACGUCCCAAGAAUGUUUUAAUGCACUUUCAUUUUUAUAACUUUGUCCAUAGGAACUGUUGGCAUAUUCACAUUUGAUCAUUUCCGUCCCUCUUAAAUAUCCUUUAGAGCAUGUAAAGAUUUUUACUAAAGUCAUUGCUGAUGAUGAAAUACUCUUUGCUCUAUUGCCUUCCAUUGUUCCAGUUUCUGCAGAACGAAAUAUUGUUGCUUAACUCAUUCUACUGAUCGCUUAUUGAAAAGGGAAUUGUGACAUCAAAUUCUCUUUAACAUAAUAUACUCAUGAAUUAAUAUAUUAAUAAAGAUAAAAUAAUGUAAAGUUGGAUUUAGAGUGAAAUAUACAGGUAUAAUUGCUUUAAAAUGUGCUUUGAUCACAGUCCAAAAAAAAAGAGGAACUUAAAUUCUGUUUUUUAAUGUGACUAUUCUUAAAGGUAUUUCUUGCUCUUAAUGGCAAUAAUGAACUUGUAAGCUUUUUGGAGUGUGCCUCUGCCUCUUUUUAAAUACACCACCAAUUGUUGCA